CUCUUUCUCUCUCACUCUCCCUGUGUCCCCUCUGCAUUUCAAUCCUUCCACUGCCUACAAUGUGAACCGAUGCCAAGAGCCAAGGCAACCAGGGCUGUUACAUGAAAGAGUUGCUUUAUGUCUGUUUAAGCUGCAGUGUCCUAUUCAAAUAGACCUUAUUGUUCAAAGGCACAGAUCCAAAUAUAAAAGGAUCCGAGAACAGGGUAUCACACUUCACAGCUCCAAACACUGGUUUGCCCGUAUACAGCUAUUCAGACCUCAAAAAAUCCCCCCCACCCCAAAACUGCACUCACUGAGGAUGCGACUGGGUUGCUGCACCCCAGCAGGGAAUGGGCUGAGCCAAAGCCAGCCCUGCAUCGAGAACCGGCUACAGGCAUAAUAAAGGCAUUGAGGAGAUGCAAUCCCACUUCAUUCCUGGUUAAUCAAAUAAUAUCUAUUGCAAAUCAAGGGGUUUCUCCCAAGUACGUUUCAUUCUCAAAAUCACUAAGGUUUAGGGGCUAUGGCAAAAAAAUACUGCAUUGAUUUGCUAAGCAGGCAAGACUGAUGAAUACAGCAGAAAGCAUCGCUGCAAUCACCAACUUCUUUCAUUAUAGCCCAUCUCUAACAAGGAAGCGGUCGCAGAUCCUGGUUAACAGCCCACUGCUAUCCCCUGCCACUCACUUCGCUUCCCACCUUGCAAAAUUACCUCUCUGCUAAAAGAGAAAUGCUGUGUCGAGGGUGCGCACCCCGCAGGAGCCGAGUGCUGCUCCGCACUGCCACCCGCAGCCGGAGCCGCCGGGCGUCCCUGCCUUCCACAGCUCUGCAGACAUUCCGCUGCCUUCUUCCUAUGUCAUUUAUCACACAGCACCUCACCCUCCCUGCCAACACACUCCCAUGUUUUGGGAUUUCUCCAAAUAAAUUAAAUAACAGCGACUGCAACAUCCCCGAGUUCGGGUUUAACCCCUCGAGCUGAGAGUGAUUCACAGGUAUGAACAGAGUCCUCUCAACAGCCUCCUGGAGGAAGAUAAACGGCUUCUGACAAAACCAAGGACUUGUUAAACAGUGCCCAACCUGGCUUUCCCUCUAGUUUUCAAACACAAACAUGGAAAAGUUACUGAAUGCUGAAAACCGGAGCCUAUUUAUGCUGGAGAACGCUCUGAAUCAUGUGAAGAGACACAACUCGGCCAUUUCCAUCCCUGCUGCUGGGAGCCCACCAGACAUUUCCAGCUGUUGCCCCUCCUGCCGGCUGCCAGCAGUCACCAUUCCAUGGUUGCCAUGGCUCCUCAGCACCAAAACAAACCACCUCUUCCAAAGAGACCGUUGGCAAACGCAAAGAGCCUGAAAGAUGCUCUCCAGUAGGAACAGGUUUUCAGCUCCAAUGGUGACACCUGAGCAUCCCUUCCCCCUGGGACCUUUCCCCAGGCACAUCUGGAUCCACAGCAACACUCCUCAGGAUGGUUUGGACGAGACUUGUCACGAGAUCUGGAAACGCGUCCAGCGGCUCUCGGAGGAGCUGGAGUCCCUGGCACUGGUGUCACCGCUGCCCCCGGCUCUGUGCCCAGAGCCCGUGGGGACCCUCUGCAUGGACAGCACCGACCCCCCGAGCACCAAUUACUGGCUAGACGAACCAGAGGGACUCGAAAGUAUCUACAGAGCAAUGAUUGGAAACAGAGAACGGGAGAUGAAACUCAGAGCUCUCUGCGACGCUCAGCUCUCUGCUAAAUCGGUUCUCUCCAGCCUUCUGUGUUCAGCAAAACCCCCCAGGAACGCGGGGGGGGCGGAGGAUGGGACGGGCAGCGGCAGCACGGAGGGCAGCAAGCUGGACGGGCCAUUCCUGCCAAAACACACAGAAACAGGCAAAGGCACAGGCGGUCAGGCGACGGCCGAGGAGCCAAGGGCGGCAAAGGAAUUCCUACAGAACAGCAUCUUCAGCGCUGCCAAGGGCAGCCUGGCCGUGUCGUCAACAGCAGAAGGUCAGACCACGGGACAGAAGCAGCAGCUCCCAGCGUUUCCUGAGGUUUGCUGCAGAAGUGAUGCUGACACGGUCACAAAGGCGCUGCAGAACCCAGCAACUACUGCAACACCAGAUAAAAAAAGCAUUAAAUACAGUGCAAGCACUUCAGGCUUUCCUACUUCUUCAAUGAGCCCAGCGCUGAAUCCACCAGCCUGGCAGAGUCUGAACUUCCCUCCGCUUCCCAUCUUCCCCAACCACUCCAACUUCCCACAGUUCCAGGGUCCGUACCAGCAGAGAGCGAGGAUGCCGUACCAGCAAGCCCUGCACCCCUCCUUUGGCUGCUACUCAAGACAGGUGGCUCCGUACAACCCGCACCACAUUUUCCAGGCGCCCUACACUCCCAUGUUGAACUACGUGGCUCUGGUUCAGCCUGGCUAUCCGUACCAGCAGAUGAACCCGCCUGCCCUACCCAGCAGCAUCCAGGAUCUGCCCCCCCCGGCCAGCGCUGGGAUCCAGUACCCGUUUUCUCCUUCCUAUGGGUUUAGUUCUACACCUGGAGGAGCUGUGACCAAUAAUCUCAACUACUUUUCCAGCAAGAACUAUGUAAAAUAUUAAGUUAACUCACGUUUCCUAUCCUGGUAUUCAGAGCAAAAUCUGCUAUGUAUUGUAAAUCCCAGGGUCCUAUAAGGACUUUAUGUUUUCCCCAAAGUGAACACUUCCAUCUAGAAUAAUCCCUUAUGAUUUAUAUAGUAAGACAGAGCUGCAUAACAAUUCAUCUGAAAUAAUAGGGGUUUUAGGAUGACAGAAUAAGAAGGGGCUUUUUUGUUGUUGUUUUGGAAGACAAAGACAAAUAAUAAAAAUGUUUUAUUUAUGACAAAUGCCUGAGCUGCUUAGAAUUGAGUGUUGGUGCAAUAAAGAUGUUUGAUAGAAAACACAUCUUGGCCACAAAUUUCAGCGACAGUAUCUUUAGUUGUAUAUUCCAAGUGCGAUUAAACACUAAAUACAUUCAAUAGCUGGGUGUCGUGGCUCCAUGCAUGACAUGUUCCUGUCUUGUUACCUCCAACUCUAAUACUAACAUGACUUUUAAAAACAAAAGAAGCUUGUAUGGAGAAUCCUGUUUGACUCUAUUCGCUUGGUUAUUUGAGUCCGAAGUUCCAGGGCUCCAGACCGCAGCCACAACCCUCUGCUGGAUUUCAGCUGCAGUUUGCAGGGGCAGAAGCAGAGAAGCGAUGAGGUUGGAUUCU